AUGGAACCCCUUUUGCCUCCUCCUAAAUUAAUUCAUCUCUUCACCGUCCACUGCACCGUCGAGCAGCCACUGGACAUCGGCCAAGUAUCAUCCGGUUGCCGGCGCUGGGUCCCGAUUGUCGGUGGCAGUGUUCGUGGCAAGUACUCUCACUGGCGAGGUAGUUGGUGGACGGAGGAAGAUCUCACUACACAUGUGAAUGCGCGGUAUUUAGUCAAGAGUGAUGACGAAGCGCAUUUGGAAAUUCGUACCGAGGGAACUCGCUUCGGCCCCCCAGAAAUACUGCAGAGGUUAAUGGAAGGCAAACUGGUCCACCACAGCCAGUACUGGUUCCAUCUGCAUGUCAAAGUCGAGACGGGAUGUGACCGGUAUAAGUGGAUGAAUGACCGGGUGAUUGUUGGACGGGCUAUUAGGACCAAAGAUGAGGUUUCUUACGAUGCGUACUUCCUAGAGAAUACGGCCGAGUGCGACUAA